CUGUGAGCGAGGUGACAUGUACUGUACCCCGGCGCGCGGUCGGAAUACCGUGGAAUACCGUGAUUCUCAUGAGCUGACUUAUCAUAUCAUGAGCGAGCCGGGAUUCGGAUACUGAUAUGUCAUGUGGGCUGAUUUAUAUAAGGACGCGUUGAUACGCAACUUAAUCAACAGCUUACCAUGUCUCCCAGUACCUUUAGCCAGAUCGUCCUUCGCGAGCGCCCCGUCGCAGACAUUCUCCCAGAUACGUUUGAGUCCAAGACGAGGGCGUUCGAUGAACUCCAUGUCGGCAAGAGUCAAGCUCUAGUCCAAGUCACGUACCUUUCACUGGACCCUGCCAUGCGUGGAUGGAUCAGAGACGGGCGAAGCUACCUCCCUCCAGUGAAAAUCGGGCAAGUGAUGCGCUCGGGCGGACUUGGUGUCGUAGUGAGUGUGGGCGAGGGGAGCAAGUUCCAGAAGGGAGACCUAGUUUCUGGAAUGUUUGGAUGGACAGAGUAUGCAGUUAUGGAUGACAAGUCAUUGGAGAAGAUCUCGCCACCUCCGGGAUCGACGUCCAUCGACUUUUUGAACACUCUGGGCAUGACUGCAUACUUUGGCCUUCACGAUGUCGGCCAGCUGAAAACCGGUGAAACACUAGUCGUAUCCGGUGCUGCUGGUGCAGUCGGCGCCCUCGUCUGCCAGCUCGGAAAGCGGGCCGGCGCACGCGUGAUUGGCAUUGCAGGUACAAUUGACAAAUGUGCCUGGCUCGAGGGCGACUUGGGCGUAGACAAAGCGCUCAACUACAAGAGCCCUACUUUCCGUGAGGAUUUCGCAAAGGCUGUUGGGUAUUUGGACGUGUACUUUGACAACGUUGGGGGCGAGGUACUCGAAUUAGCGCUCUCAAGGUUGAAUCAAAAUGCGAGGAUUGUUUUGUGGGGUAUAUCUGCUUAUAACGAUCCACAACCCAAAGGUCUCAAGGGGUAUCUCACGCUAAUCGCGCAACGCGCCAAGAUGCAAGGUUUCGUCGUUUUCGAUUAUGCCGAGCAAUAUCCGGUGGCCGUCAAGGAGAUAGCAGCCGGACUUGCUGAUGGAUCGAUCAAAAGCAAAUUCCACAUCGUCGAUGGUCUGCAGAAUGCUCCGAGUGCGCUGCCUAUGCUCUUCUCUGGGGCAAAUGUGGGAAAGUUAGUUGUUAAAGUUUCGGAUGAGCCUUCUACGAGUCCGAAGCUGUAGACCGGGAUUCCUUCUUUGUUCGAGAUCCUGUUUUAUAUUUUGCACUCGGUACAGAGAGGUGAACCAAACUAUCCAUAAUUAUGAUUGGCUAACUUUAUUAGUAUUUGUUGUAUUCUAUGGUAUCUGGUAUACUGGUGCAAUUGUAGUUCUCCUGCCACAGCUCGCUAUAACACUGUCACUCGGCUCAACAAAUUAUAGACAUGCCAGGCGUUAACUUGAUGUACGCACUGCGGGCACGAACUUGCUGACAGGCGCAG